GGCGCUGAAGGUUCUCGGUGCGUCCGGGACCUGUUGCGCUUCGCCCACGGAGCUUCACGCAGCGGCCACGAUGACGGUCAUCGUGCUCGUCACACGGUGUUGAAAUCGUCGGUGCCAGAAAGGAGAAUGACAUUUAAGUGAGACAGGAAGUCGCAGAGAAAGUGCUCAACCAAGCAAAUCUAUGAUGGACAUCAUGGAUACUCGGCGCGCCUUGGAGGCUGUGGAGCGACUUCAAGCCAAACUGAAAGAGCGAGGGGAGGCCCCCGCCCAGGAGAAACUUAGCCUGCUGAAGACCGUCCUACGGAGCCCCCUCUUCCUUCAUAUUCUCAGUUUACAGAAGGCUCAGCGGAAGCCCCCAGCCAAGGGCAAGGGUCUUACCAAGUCAGCGUCCAUGAACUGUGGCAAAUGCCAGGGUGUGGCCAUGGACGCCAAGACGCUCAGCCACAGCGACUCCUACACGUGGGCCAUGGAGAACCAAAGACCCAGCAGGCCUCUCCACAGGGACGGGAGUGUUUCCUCUCUGGACUCGCAGGAUCUGUCCUUCUCAGACAUCUACCCAGACAACUGCAUUCACACUGAAUCCCAGUACUGCACACCACCUCGAAUAUCCCGAACCAUGUCUAUGGGGAGGAAUCUGUCAGCAGUUGCUCAUGAGAGGCGUCAAGUGGAGAUCAUCGAACUGACCAAUGAUGGGAAAGGGCUCGGCUUUGGCAUCAUAGGAGGACGGAGCACAGGAGUCAUGGUCAAGACUAUACUGCCUGGUGGAGCCGCUGGACAGGAUAAACGUCUGCGCAGUGGGGAUCAAAUCUUGCGCAUUGGAGACACCGAUCUGGCUGGCAUGAACAGCGAGCAGGUGGCACAGGUGCUGCGAAACGCUGGUAGCAAGGUUAAACUACUCAUCGCCAGGGAUAGCAACAAGGACAACCUUUCAUCUCCUGUCCUCAGCCAGGAGUCCUUGGAUGGCGAGCUCUAUGACUUGAAUGAUGACUACGAGUUCAGUGUGCAGUUCACUAAAAACAGCCGGGGGCUGGGAUUCACCAUCUCCAGCUAUAUCGGCGACCUAAACUCAAUUUACAGUGCCGGUGUGACAGUGAAGAGCAUUUUGAAGGGCAGCAGUGUUGACCAAGAUGGACACAUUCACAUUGGAGAUAUCAUCCUGUCUGUGGACGGCGUGAGCCUGCAGGGCUGCAGUGAGCAGCGUGCGAUGGAGGUGCUGAGGAGGACGGGUCCUGUGGUCAGACUGAGGCUGCUGAGGAAGGCCGUCCGUCUGAGUCACAUCUUGCCCCCGGUCCCUCCGCUGCAGCCCCUCCGACACUCCCACAGCUUCCAGGAGAGCAAUCCUUACAGAGUGGACCUGAACAAGAUUUAUGAGACAGGAAUAUGCUCACUGCGUGAAAUCUCCCGGCGUGCAGCGUACGCCAACAGACGACCCCGACAUGAUUCAAGAAACGGAGUGCAACUGACACCGGCAGAGGAGGAAGACCUCAGGAUGAGGUGGCAACGUGCAGUUGGACCGAGAUAUGAAGUCAUAGUUUGCCAGCUGGAGCGCUUCAGCGAGACGAGUGGCCUCGGCAUCAGUCUGGAGGCUCGGGCCGGACAUCAUUACCUGUGCUCCGUUUUACCAGAGGGCCCAAUCGGCCAGAGUGGCAAGAUCUUCACUGGGGACCAGAUACUAGAGGUGAAUGGUGUCCCACUCAUUGGAGAGACACACAAAGAGGUGGUCAACAUCCUCAAGGAGCUGCCCAUGUGUGUUUACCUGGUGUGUUCUCGCAUUGUGCCCCCUGCCAUUCCUGACAGCGACGAGGAAGAAGAGGAUGAUGGCCAACUCACCCUGAAAGAGCUCCUGGCUGAGUUCAAUGACAAGUUGGAUCAGGGCUGCGUUAUUCCCUGUCCUACAGCCGAGGACAUCACAAAGCGCGGUGUGCCCCCUAUGUCGCCUCCUCUGGCCAUGUGGGAGAGAGAGGCGCAGGUGGUAGAGCUGGACAAAGGCGAGUCAGGAUUGGGCUUCAGCAUCCUGGACUACCAGGAUCCGGAGGAUGCCACGAAAACAGUGCUGGUCAUCCGCUCCUUGGUACCGGGCGGUGUCGCUGACCGAGAUGGCCGCCUGCUUCCGGGAGAUCGCCUCAUGUUUGUCAAUGAGACCGACUUGGAAGGCUCCAGUCUGGAUUAUGCCGUGCAUGUGCUGAAGUCCACCGGUUACGGCCCCGUGCACAUUGGUGUUGCCAAACCGCUGCCGCUGGAACUUUGCGGUGGCUUGACGCCCAUCUUGGAGAGGAGCACGCGGGCAUCCUGCGAUGACAGCGAGAGCCACACACGUGUCAACCUGCUAGCUGAAGCAGCCGAGGCCGACGCUUGCGACCUGGCGGAUAACAACGUCCGACCAUAUUACAACAACUCUGAAAUCCAGCCACAUCUGCGUUUUGGCAUCAAGGAAGACAACGACAUGCAGCCUGCCCCUCCGCUGCCCCCGCGUACCAGCUUUGAGAAGACAAUCACAGUUGUCCGGGGCAACCGUAGCCUUGGGAUGUCGGUGAGUGCUAUCCAGGAUGGCUCAGGCAUGCUGGUGCGCAGUGUGGCCCCCGGGGGCUCUGUCAGUCACGAUGGCAGACUCGGGGCGGGUGACGCAAUCUUGGCGAUCAACGGCGAAUGUACGUCCAACCUGACCAACGCCAUGGCCCGGUCAAUGCUACGUAGACACUCUGUCAUUGGGCCGGAGCUCAGUAUAAAUUACGUGCCGGCGCAUCAGGUGGAUGAGCACCGUACCCGACUGCGUUUGGCCCCACUGGCAUCCAUCCUAGAAGACUCGCCUUCCUCGCCCGCACCGCCUCCCCCACCUUCAGAAAAUUUGCUGGCCAGAUCCUCUGUCCAGUGUCAAACUCCAGCUCCAGCUCUGGCCGCAGGCAAAACAUCCUUCCCUUUAGAAGACACAGCCACAGUCCCGAGUGUGAGUCCAGCUCCAGACUGGAGUUGUCAGCUUCCAAAAUGUCUACCUCACAAAAAGGGGGAUGAAGAGAAAAAGGAGGAGAAUGGUGUGGAUGGUAAAGUGCCGAUAAAGAUGGAUGGGAGCGAAGAGGCAGACGAAGAUGUUCAUUGUCGCACCCCUGUGUCUUGGGAUGGACCUAGAAGUGUGCAGCUUACUCGAGCGCCGGGCCAGUCCCUUGGCAUCAGCAUUAUGGGAGGCAAAGGCAUGGGCCAGAGGCUGAGCGGUGGCGAGAUGAUGCGUGGCAUCUUCAUCAAGCACAUCAGCUCUGAUAGCCCAGCAGCACACAACAGCACCAUCCAUGUCGGAGACAGGAUAUUAGAGGUGUGCGGCGUGGACCUGAGCGAUGCCAGCCACGAGCAGGCGGUGGAGGCUAUCCGCAGGGCAGGAGACUGUGUGGAAAUGCUGGUUCAGUCCAGACAACGGGGAGCACAGACCCCUUUGCUUCCCAACCAUGAAAGACUAACUCCCAUCAUGCCAUCCAACUCACACAAUAGCCAGGUGCCUCAGCAGACUUCCAAUCGAGCAGCGCGGCGAAACCCCGUGACUGUCAAGGCACCAAACACUGCAGCCGCUGACGAUCUGGACAACACUGGGAGAAAAAAGAUGCUUCAGCGUUAUGGCAGCCUGUCGGGGAAGCUCCAUAUAAUUGAGUUGGAGAAGCACACGGCAGAGCAUAGUUUGGGAAUCCGCCUUGCAGGCAAUAAGGACGGCUCCAGGGCCCGCAUGAGCGUCCACGUGGAGGACGUAGACCCUCAAGGACCUGCUGGCUUAGAUGGGCGAAUAUGGGUGGGGGACGAGCUACUAGAGAUCAACGGUCAGAUCUUGUAUGGACGCAGUCACAAGAAUGCCUCCGCCAUCAUCGACAAUGCUCCUUCGAAAGUCAAGAUCGUUCUCAUCAGAAACAAAACAGAGGGGCAAAUGUGCCAUAGCUGCUCCACAACUGAGGGCGAUGACAGCCAGACUGACUCUGGAGUUUAUAAAGGAAUCUCUAUUAUUGACGCCCACAAUGUCGUCCCAUCACAGCCCACCGUCAAAGUGUCUGUCAGCUGCCCCGAGGCUAGAUCACCUACUUCGUCCUCCUCAUCAAAGCCUCAUCAUGCGGCGUCGCCCCUUCCGGACUCCUCCGCCUCCGUGGUCCUCAGUGCGAAGCGGACCGCGCCCAGUGAGCGUUCUGAUUGGCUGGCUUCCACUUCAGCGUCAGACCCUCUCAAAUGCCUCAUCGUGGCUGGCAAAGAAACCACCAUCGAGAUUGUUAAAGGAAACCUAGGCCUGGGUCUCAGCAUUGUUGGCGGAUGUGACACUCUGCUGGGGUCAGUAAUUAUCCACGAGGUGAAUGAUGGAGGAGCAGCGCAGAGAGAUGGACGGGUGCAGGCUGGAGACCAGAUAUUCGAGGUCAACGGCAUCGACCUGAGGCAGGCCACUCACGAUGAGGCCAUUAGCGUGCUGAGACUCACCACCCAACGCGUUCAGCUGCGUGUCUUCAGGCACCGGGCGGCCUACAGGGAGGAGGACCAGUGGGACGUCUUCGCUCUUGUCCUGAGGCCUCAUCCUGUCAAAGGCCUGGGCUUCACCACCGUGGGUAAAAGUAAUGACACCGGCAUCUUUGUGUCAGACAUCAUCAAAGGAGGCGUGACGGAUUUGGAUGGCAGGUUGUUGCCAGGUGACCAGAUUCUGUCAAUCAACGGGGAGGACAUCCGUGCGGAAUCACAAGACCUUGCAGAGAGGCUUCUGCAGAAUUGCAGUGGUGUGUUCCACCUGGAGGUGGCUCGUUUUAAAGCGGGACUGAAGUACCCAGAGCAGAACCAGGAGUACUUUAAGUUGUGUUUUAUCCAGAGCGAAGACUCAGACUGUUCCACCUUGACACCCUCGAGUGGAUCCAAUGCUUCUGUCGGCCAACAGAGGGAGACAGAACACAGAACAGAUAGCCACACAUUUGAGGACUGCCCUGACUACAGAAAAGUAGUUAUUAAAAAGGGGCCACGUGACUCCCUUGGCAUCACUUUAGCAGGAGGAGUGGGCAGUCCCCAUGGCAACGUACCUCUUUUUAUUGCAACCAUGGAUACGAGUGGAUCAGCUGCCAAAACACAGCAAUUAAAGCCAGGAGACAGGAUCCUCAGUAUAAAUGGCGUCUCCAUGGAGGGAAUGACUGACAUCCAGGCUGGAGUCUUGCUGAAGAACGCCAUUGGCGCUGUCACCCUGCAGGUGGCAGCUGGACGCGGCCCUCACGGUCGCAGGGGUGUACACGAGCGAGCGUCAGGCCAGCGCAGUGGCCCGCCGUGCUUUCACAACAACCUCUGCACUCGGAUAUACAAGACUGUCAGUCUUGAUCGAGACCCUUCGGGUUUGGGCUUCAGCAUCGUGGGAGGCUUCGGGAGCCCGCAUGGCGACCUGCCCAUUUACAUCAAAACGAUCUUUAACAAGGGAGCGGCCAUUGAGGACGGGCGGCUCAAACGAGGCGAUCAGAUCAUCGCGGUGAACGGGCAGUGCCUGGAAGGCGUGACCCACGCCCGAGCUGCGCACCUCCUCAAGAAGACCAAAGGGACGGUAGUUCUUACUGUUCUCUCAUGAGAUUGAAAGUCGACCACAAUUCAUGUCGCACGGCCUCACACCGACUCAGAUAUUGUAGGUUAUAAACUUGAACAGAGAAGUAAUUGUAAUUACCUUGGAUAAGCUCCCACUUCAUUAUAUUAUUAGUAUUUUUAAAUGUACACUGUAGUCCCAAUGUAAACUUAAAAUUCCAAAAAUGCUCCAUCUGAUACUGUAUAUAAUGAACUCUUUUUGUGAAAUUGCUAAUUGCGUUAAUUAAGACCAAAACAAUACUCCAAAUAUCUUCAAUGUAAGAAAGAGCCCAAUUAGAAGAUGGCCGAGCUCGCUCAUGUGAUUUGCAUGAAUUUGAAACAUGCCAAGUGCUUUUGCCAAUGUUUUGUGUGGCAUCAACGUGAUAAGAAUAUGUUACGUAUUGUUUAAUGAUGAUAAUGGUUAAUGAGACGAUGUUUCACAUCUAGAGUGUGAAUUUGGUUAUAAUGCUAAUUUUGUUUUGAUCAAUUUUAUUGUGUAACGUGCAUUACUUAGCAACCAUGCCCACGAUGAGCGAUUGUUUUCUAAUAAUAACUAAUUUAUAAUCUUGUUUUCUGUAA